AUGCAAGAAGUCUGUGGUAAACUUAGGCUGCUGGCGGACGCGAAGAAAGCACUUGCCGAGCUUAGGGAGGGUGGGGCGUUGGCGUGGAUGAAGACAGACUUUACUAUGCAUGGAAUGGUCCCUGAACUGGGCACUUGGAGCGGGAUUCAUUGUGGGGACCAAAACGGGGGUUAUGGCCAGCCAGGUGCAACUAAGAAUUCACCUGUACUCACCUCAAGGGCAAGGAAAGAACGCGGGAUCUGUAGAUGCAAACAUCAUUUGAUUACUGUUCAACCAAUCAAGGGAAGCACCCCUUACGAUAAUAACAAAAGGAUUAAAACCUUCCAACUAAGCCAAAUCUACCUAUACUACGGUAUCCAAGGGCUUCUUUACCUGCCCAAGAGAGACUACACGCAAGAGAAGAUCCAAGGGCCACCUUCCACGACUCCUUUACGUAAGAAAUCAAACAAUGUGCAGAACGCGACGAAGUUCUCAUCCAUUUCCUUGCCAAACUUGACCUCUUCAUCUAUAGAGCCUUUCUUGAUUUUUGAAAGAUCUUUAGAGCCCUCACAGUUCCACACCUAA